AUGGGUCCCGUGCCCAAGCUCCACCCGAUCUUAUCAAACGUCAUCAAAGACACCAACCACCAGAACAACAUGGAGAAGCUCCCCAUCCACUCUCAGGAAGUAGACGGCUCAGUCGAUCAGCAUGAGCGUCGAACACGGCCUACCACGGCCACAUUUGUGCGCCGCUUGGGCAUCGCCGUGGUGUUCCUCAUCGGUUACUACCUGCUGCUUCUGAAGCCAUCCCCCGCAUGCGACGGCCACAACACGCGUCUUCAGCCAGAAAUCAACAAAGCUGUGGAUAUCGAAGAAUAUGAGCAGUCCACUCUGGAUGCUAGCCAGAGCACACAGAAAACACUGGAGCAAACCAGGAUACCGCUGGAAGCUCACAUCAUGAGCAAAUGCCCCGAUGCCAAAGCUUGCUUACAGCAGCUGGUCCUCCCCACUAUGGAGCAGAUCAGCGAAAAAGUGGAUUUCAGGCUUAACUUCAUCGCUAGGUACGUGAUACUAUGCAGCAAGACUGAUUCAAACUCCAUUACACCACCCUCCACCCACGACCUUUGGCUAAUGAUCAUCACUAGUGUUUCCCCCAACAACGAAGAGAUAGAAUGCAAGCACGGUCCUGGGGAAUGUAUCGGUGACAUGCUUCUACUCUGUGCAGCCAACCUACCGUUCCCUGCGAUCGGCGACGAAGCACUCCUCCCACCCCAGUACCCUCGGACCCCGAUUGUCCGUUCACUGGGAUUCGCAAAUUGCCUAAUCAACGAUUUCGACCAGAUACCCGAGCGGGAAUUUGUGCACCAAUGCGCCAUGGAGUUCGGAAUCGACUUUGAGGCUUUGAACAAAUGUGCAAGCCAACAGAACGAUGACCCAGAUAAUGGAGGAAACGGUGGCCCGCCCCUCAGCGGCAUUGCCUUGUUGCGUGAGAGCGCUGGUCGCAGUGAAGGCCUUGGUGUUCACACCAGCUGCACUGUGCGCCUGGACGACACUGUUUGGUGUGUUCGCGAUGACGGCGAAUGGAAAGAUUGCGGCCAGGCCAGCUCCAACAGCCAACCUUCGGCUCUCAUUGAUCAAGUGGAGAAGCUUUACAAGGAGAGAAACUGA